GGCCAUCGUGGGCAAGACAGGUGUGGUUGUUUUGUAUUGUUUGGUUAAAAUUUUCCCACGCUCAUGGAGGUUAUUUGAGAUGCUUUAGACGCCAAGAAGAUGGGUGCAGUGUUCUACCUGGCAGUAGCUCUGGCUUUCUGCUGUUUAAUCUCGGCAGCUGAGGAUUUGUAUCCUGUGGGCUGCUUUGCGGGGGAUGCAAAGAGUCGCGAUACCAUGUUUCGGGCUCCAGCUGAAAUAAGUGGUACCAGUGUGGAUGCAUGUGUCGAAGAAUGUAAAAAGAAAUUUAUGCGAUAUGCAGGAUUGUUUGAAGCAAAGAGCUGUUAUUGUGGUGAUGGAAUACAUGGCAGUACAACAGAUCAGUGUACUUCUCCUUGUUCAGCAAAUUCGACUCAGAUAUGUGGUGGGCCAGGAUCCAUGAGCAUUUAUGAGGCUGGCAAGGGUAUUUUAAGUGCUCCCAAAUCUCUUACACAAGUUGACAGUGAAUCCACUAGUUUACAUAUAAAUUGGGAGCCACCUACAGGAGGCCUGUCAGAAAUUCUACACUACCGUGUUAGUGCAGCUCCAGUGUAUACAUAUAGUGAAAAUGACCCUCCCAGAUCACUGCAGUGGGAAUUUUCUUCUCAUAUUAAAACUGCUUGGCUGCAAGGAGUUCAACCAGGGACCAGGUAUCUUGUUGAAGUGAGAGCUGUGUCUGAAUCAGGUCUUGGCUAUCCCAGGUCUCUGGAAAUGUGGACUAAAGUGGGAAAGCCAGAAACACCUCCAAUGCCUCAGAUAAUAAGCCAGACCUCCUCGACAAGAACCGUUGAGCUGCAGUCAGUACCGCCAACAAAUGGUCCAAUAUCUGCUUACCAAGUAGUGGUAGUGGAUGAAACUGUUCAUGUACAACUUCAGCCUCAUUUGCUGACAGAUUACUACUCAGCUAUGAAUAAUAGCAUACCAUUCUAUAUUACAGCUGAAUUCUCUCCUGACAAUUUUAUGAGAACCUUCAAAGUUGGAGACAGAAAGAUGUAUGGGAAGUACUACAAUGCACCACUAAAACCAGAUAUUGAUUACCACAUUUUGCUUGGUGUGCUGAGCACCAUAAAUGAAACAAAGGCAGCUUAUUCUAUGUCCAAUCACGAGCAGCAUGAAAGCACUGUCUUCGAUUAUGAAAGUGACUCCAUGGAAAAAAAGAUGAUAACUCAAACAAAUGAACAGUUAGCCAGGAGCCAAAAGACUGUAUUAGGGUUGUCAAUUGCAAUUGGUUUGUGUGGGUUCCUCCUUGUGGCUUCCAUCAUUUUGUAUGUAGUUUUGAGGGUUGUGGUCAGGAAAAAUCGGAUGCGUUCGGCAGAGAACCAAGAGUUGGCCGUCCAUGAACAGGAGCCCAAUGAAGACUGUGAGAAUGGCUAUUCAGUGGGUGCACACUACGUGGAUGAGGAAGCUCCCACACUUGACCAUUAUCGCCAGCUGAAAGAACGAGUUUGGAUCAUUCCCCAUCAAGGGCUUAACAUUGUUGGGGAUAUUGGGACUGGCAAGUUUGGGGAUGUAAGAAAGGGCAUUGUGAUUAACAAGGGAAACCAGGCAAAUGUGCUUGUUCACAGAAUAGCUGAUGACAACUUGGACAAGAAUUCAAAGACCCAGAUGCUCCGGGAGUUUGAUGCCCAUGUGCGCAUCAACAAGAACCCGCAUAUCAUCUCCCUUGUUGGUCUCAUGGAGGAGUUUAAUGUCAUUUCUGUGGCCUUUGAGUACGAAACUUCAACACUCAAAUCACACCUUGUUGGAAGUCGAGCGGUUCAGCACUAUCCAGUGUAUGCAGAGAAAAAUCGCAGGUUUUCCACACUUCCAGAGGGACAGGCCCUUGAAAUCCUCCUUGGUGUUGCACGAGGCAUGAAUCAUCUUGCCUCACUAAACGUUACCCAUGGUCAGCUCUGUGCCAGGAAUGUUGUGUUGAUAGAUAGCAUACGUCCAAAGGUCACUGGGUUUGGACUCCUCCACUAUCAUAAUGACUUGUAUGUACCUGAGUAUAAACGCUGGCACGCUGAGGAAACACUCCGGUCCAAGGUGUCUGUUCCUAAGAGUGAUGUUUGGUCAUUUGGUUGCUUGAUGUGGGAAGUGGCCACACUGGGGGGGACACCCUAUGCAGAUGUAAAGACUGAUGAGGUUCCUGGCAGGGUUCUACGAGGCUUGCGACUACCUCAGCCUCAAUAUGUUGGUGAUGAGCUCUAUCAGCUGAUGCUGAAUUGCUGGCAGAUGGACCGUGACGAGCGACCUACUUUCCAAGAGCUGGAGGGCAACCUACAAAGCCUGCUCAAUGAUGAUGUUACACCACAUCUUCUCUUCUCUUUGUAUCCAUCAUUCCAGUAUGAGCACUAUGCCCCCCAUCUUGAGUUUAUUGAUUAGAACUAUAAUGUACCUCCUUCGGUGGUAUAACUGUCAUCCAUGCUCAUCUCUAUGAGCAAACAUCUGUCUUGCCAGAACUCACAUGCUUGAACAUGUGGCAGAUUUCUAGGUGAUUAGGUAAAUCAAUGUUGUUCAGAAUUCUUGUGGCCAAUUAAUUGAUACGUGUGCCAAUUAAGCAGUAUUGUUAUGCACAUGUUUUUCAAAGCACAAAUUUUGAAAAUUAAUAUUUGUUUUUUAGAAAUAACUCAAGAAAUUGGUAACCUAUGAUCUCCAGUCCAUUCCACUAGAUAUAAACCAUAUUCUUGUUUAUAUUGCUCAAGAUUCUCUUGAUACUUCGCAGCACAAUAAAUGCUUUUAGCAUUUUCCCAAGGAAGUUUAGGCUAUAUUUUUUUCAUUUUUAUGAAUGGAAAACUUUUUGCUUGGUGAUAAUUAAGAAUGCAAUAUCAGGAAUACGUUGCAAAUUAAUUACAGUGCACUCUCUGGUAUCUUUUUAUGGAGGAAGAUCUGACAGUGGGAGUAAUUUUAUUUUUAGUGUGAAGGAUAAGGUCAAAAAAAGUGUCCAGUUAGUGUGAUAGUUUUGUCAGAAGUGUCUGCUAAAGAGUGUGCCAAAGGUUUUAGAAAUUCCUUUUAGAUACUUAAAAGUUCCUAGGUGAAAAUGAAAUAACUUGGUAGGCUUAUUUUUCAGGUUACAGCCUUUAGGAACAUAGUAACUUCUAGAGGAUGAGAAGUCGGGUUAUGAUUGAUAUGCUUAUGUGACUAAAGCAUAAUAGAAGAUAUUGUACUUAUUUUUUUAUAUGAUUUGUUACUCGAAUAGUAUCUUAAAUUUACAAUAAGAUUAUGUAAUCAGAUUUCUUUGAUAAAUAUUUUAUGAUGUCCAUUAGUCCAUUAGGUAAUGCUAAUAGAAAAGUACUAUCAUGUGGAACCAAAUUACAAAAUUCAACAUCUUUGGCAGACUUAAAAACAUGGUAGGAUUUUUGGGAGUAAAAAAUGAUUGUGCAAUUGUUACUGCAGUGGUCGUAGUUGAUUCAUGGAUCAUAGAGAGUGCACUGUGUUGAAUAUAGUGUGGUGUAGUGUUUGUGAUUAAUUCCUUAUAUCACAAGUUGGCAGCAGUUAUUGUUCUUAGCCUUCCAUAGCUGAUAAUUAGUUGAACAAAGCAUAAAAUCAGUUGUGUGCUCUUUUGUAGUCAAGCUUUUCACAUUUUUUCAGGAUUGUUUGGCACAGUUAAAAGAAUAAAUGUAAAAGGGUGUAUAGAAGUAUAAGAUUAUUUGAAAUAUCAAAAAAGGAAAAAUGUUUGAAAAAUGUUGUGCUAGUGAAUGCAUGAUCAUUGCAUUCAUUUGUAAAUUGGUAUCAUAGAGUAAUAUUUAUCUGUUUUUACACAUUUGCAGUAGAAGCUAGUGAGUAAUUUCAGAAUCAGUCCACUUGAAGAGCAGUGCUUUCUAAUGAUUUUCAGCAUGAAUUACUUUGCAAAUGUGUAAGCUUCAUAGCUGCAAACAUUGUAAGGCUGGCAAUUAGCAGGAAUAUUUACGGUAAUGUAUGUAUGCAUCCUAAAAAGUAAGAACUAUUUAAUUUGCCCCUAUGAAAAUCAUCCAAUCAGUAUUUUAAUCUCUGACACAUCCAACUGCAGGUGCAGUUGUAAAUAAUGCAUUGUUUGUCCUCUGUACAGCCAGGCCUGAUUGUCCUAUCACAUAGUUUUUUUUAGUUAUAAGGUUUGGAUGCUAUAAGCAGUGUGUAGAUUAGAAUGUUGAAGUUUUGAGGGAUUAUCACAUGGUGCUUGAAAUCCUUGGGAUUGGUCACUUAUUAAUGUGGCUGAGGUUUAUGACUGGCAGAUGUCCCUGGUGCCUGUUUUUCGGAACUAGUUUGCCACAAACAACAGAGACUUGUGUACUUGCUCUGUCAGUAAUUAUUGUUUGUGCAAAAGAAGAGAAAGAUUGAAGAGAAUCCAAAAGAUGUAGAAAACUUAAAGAGCAGAAAACAAAUUGCAUAACUGCACCCUUUCUGACAAAGACUCUGCUACUGAUAUGCACUUUAACAAACAAACAAACUAUUGCUCUUUGUAGCAGCCAAGGGUCUAAAUAUAUCUGAAAUUAAAAGAAAAAGAAAUAUUGAUAAUAGAUGAUCUCGCUGUGAUCAUUAGUAUGUAAUUCCAAAGUUAAUAGUGCUGUCUUUGGAUAUUCCCAAAUAUUUGAUAUUGUAAUUUUUAUACAUUGCUGAACAUUUGGUAUUUGUAUGAAUCUCAGGAAAGUUACUGUGGGAACUGGGUGAACAGAAGUAUGCGUGAUAUCCAAUGUCUAGGAUUUGAAGUCCCCUGUGAUAUGGUGCCAGUUCAUAUUAUUUCCUCUUUCUUUCUUUUUUUCUGUUAUCCUUACAUGUAGAAAAGACAGUAUGAGCAGCUACUUGUAUUUCUCUUUUUCUGUUUACUUUUUAUGAGGAAAAGACAGUAUAACCAACUACUGGUAUUUCUAAUGAAUUAGGUGCAGUGUUGUUAAUGUCCUUGUUAAACACUUUGUUGUUUUAUGAAUUACUUUGUCAUUAUUUUGUAGUUUUUGUCAUUAUUUUGAUUGUUUUUAUGUUUCUAUUCUGAUUUGAAUUAUGUUUAUGACUAUCUUUGAGAUUCUUUUUGCUCUCUUCGAUUUGUGAUGUAGGCCUCUGUUAUAUUACACCAAUAUGCUUGUGCUGAUCUGGUCACAAGGCCCAAGGCAAGAGCCCUAUGUUGUAGGUACUUAAUAAGGUUAGGCUAAAGAUUCUUCUAGAUAAGUUCUGUAUUCAUAGCAUUUGACAGUAAACUUUGGUUGUGCACAGUAUAAAUUUGGGUAUGCUGGAAAACAUUACUGAACACUUGGGAAUGGUGUAAAUAAUGCUUGGAAAUUGCAUACUUUUUGGUCUGCCAUUUCAAAGCUGUGAUUAUCCCUCUGAAAAAUAUAAAUGAUUUUUAUGCAUACUUUGCACAUUGGGUUUUCUGCAGGGGUGCAAGACUUGCAGUCGGAAGAUUAUUCCAAGUUUGGCUGUGUGUUUUAGGGGUAAGUUACUAAGUACAGUAAUGAUCGGCCACUUGCCUGAGAAAUUGUAUGGGGGUGUUUAUUAUAGAAAAUAAUUGCUGAAAAGUCCAGUAUUAAUCAAGGAAUUGUGAUAAGAAUGCUGAUCUUAGGGGUGUAUUGGAAGUAAAAAAAGUUAUACAGUAAUAUAUUUUUUAUUUUAAUUUUUUUUCAUUUUAUUUGUUUAAGUUUUCUAUUUUAUUUUAUUUUUUUCUAUUCUUUGUGUAGUGAACAUUCCAGCAGGUCUUGCCUUAGGGAAAGAAAAGGAGAGUGGAAAGAAUGUUACCCUCUCUUGAUCUUGUGAAAGUAUAUUGAGUUUCUGUUUGUAUUUUUUUCUGUCAUUUGCGAUGGUCUUCCCUUGCCAAGGUAUUGGUAUUUUUGCCUGUUUUCUUAGUCAGGUUAAACCUUGUGAACUUAGGGAGUAUAUUCCUUAUGGCUGUUGUGGUGAGGGCUUAGAAAUGACAACUUAGAUUCAUUGACGUUGCUUACCCAUUACACAUACUGUAUACAUGAGUAUUCACAUGUUUGCCUAUAUAUAUACUAUCAAUUUGAGACAGACAUACACAUGUACAUGCACUAACACACACACACAUGUAGACAUGGAGGUACAUACACGCACACAUUCUGUCUGUGUGUCUCUCUUUCUCUUUCUUUCUUUCUUUCGCUUUCUCCCUCCCUGCCCUCAGUCACAGUAGGUUCAUAAGUGGCAGUAAGUAGUAAUGUUGAAAAGAUGUGUUGGCAUUUUAAUCUUAGCAAGUUCCAUGCAUCAUUCACUUUGGCACUGCAUUUAAGUUGGAUAGGUCUAUCCAUGAUCAAGUAUGGCUUUCCUUGUAUAAAUCUGUGUUGUGUUGUACAAGGAAAAGAGGCAAUAUGUGUCGUUUAGGUCUACAGUAAGUGAAAGGUUAGUGCAAUUGAAUAAGGGAGAGAUUAAGUUAUUUAUGUAUCAUUCCUAGCUAGGCCUAGCAUUGAUGCUUGUGGUGUAUAAUAAGAGGAUAAGUGUUUAGCCUUAAUUGUAAUGUAAAAUGUAUGUAACUUAUACUGAUCAGUGACAAUUGUAAUUAGAAGAGGGCAAAUACACUUAAAGUAUCAGCAAAAUCUACAAAUACAGUUGUUUAUAAGAGGUAGAAUGUUUUAUAGAAAUAUUUGUUUGAAUGUAUGAUUAUAUUGCAAGUUUGAUGAUUCAAGAAACAGCUUUAAAGAACAUUUCAUGAUGAAAAACAUGAUUUUUCUUUGAUAUGUCCAUUCUCACCAGCUUACUACUACUUUUAAUUAUGAUACCAGUUGUAAGUGUAAUAUGAAUUUUUAAAUAAUUAUUAUGGUUAUUGUUUUUUGUAACAGUUUUGUAAGAGGUAGAAUGUUUUACAGAAAUGUUAAUUGAAUAUAUGAUUAUAUUGCAAGUUUCAUGAUUCAGGAAACAGCUUCCAAGAACAUUUUGUGAUGGAAAAUAUAAUUCUUCUUAAAUAUGUCCACUCUCUCCAUCUCACUAUUUCUUUUUAUUAAGAUACCAGUUGUAAGUGUGAUAUGUUUUUUUUUAAAUAAUUAAUAUUUUUUAUUCAUUUAUUAUUUUUUUUUAACAGAUAUAAUUGAAAUCAUUACUACUGCUUUUCCUUCUUUUUACAUCAUAUUUUUUAUAUGGAUGUGGAACUUAUGCUGAAGUUAUGUGAGUUGAGAUCAGUGCCUUUCUUCAGCUGUCAAAAGUUACAUGUGUUCUAGCGUUGGUUACAAUAGAAGCAUUAGUGUCCAUUUUAAAGAUAAUCCAGAAAAAGGCAAAAUUGUCAUUAGAAGCUAGUGUACAUUGUUAGAUGUCAUAGCCUUAGAUGUAAGUAUUUUAUACAUUCAGCGUGUUUGAUUCUGCAGAUGUGGAAAUGUGUGACUGCAUGUGUGUGAGUGUAAGCAUGCUGUUGUGUCUGUGCCUGCAUAUAUGUUUGACUGUGUUGUUCAGUUUUUGUCUGUCUGCAUGCAGACUUAAUGUUGCAUAUGUAACAUAUAUGCUUGGACAUGUAGUUCUUCUUUUAAAGUCACAUAUUCAGAGCUUUAAUUUCUUUUCAAUAUUAGUACAGGAAUUAGGUAGUAGCAUCCAUGUGCAAAAUGUGAUCAUGGUAUUGAUUGUGUAAUGAUGGCUUCCCCCUAUUUUUAUUAUCAGUUUAUCAUAGAAGAUUAACUCUGUGAUAAACUUGUCUUGGUUUUUACUUUUUUCUCUUCAUUUCCAGAUCCAUAAGUCUACGUCUUCUUGACAUAGAUGAAUAUUUACUUAGUAUUUAGGUAAUGAUGUUAAAAGUGAAGCUAUAAGAUCUGAAACUAAUGAGAUUAGAAUGCUUUUCAUGAAGUAUUCUGUUUGUACUUUAAAUAGUAAGUCCCACUAUAUCACCAUUAUUUAAUAUCUUGCCACAGGCAGUACAAGUUUGUGAAGUAUUAGCUUGGAUAAGCUUUGCUGCAGUGGCUUGAGUAAGUAAAUCAAGAAAUCUCAAGUCUUCUAAUAACACCCUAGCCUCUCUCCUUCCAGUUGUAGUCCAUAUUCUGUACAGCUAUAUUUUUUCACCAUACAUAGCAUAAAUAGAAGAGUGAAGGGGGGACAAGCAGCACAAGUCAUAGUAGGAUUAGGAAAAGUCCUCCUCUGCUGAUUAUGUUCUUGUGAGUUUGCUUGAGACUUGGACCUGCAUUAUGAAUGCUCUUAUGAUGUCACAAAGGUUUGUGGGUUUUCUCCAUUAAACAUACACCUGGAAUGUAUGUAGAUUUUCACAUGGCAACUGAAAUAUGGAGUUUGAUUGAGAUAUGUUUUGUGUAUAUUUAGGUUGUACUGUACAUGUAGUGCAGUUUAUGUGUUACAACUUAAAAUUGUGCAAUCAAAUAUUGUAUUAGAUAUGAGGGAAAUAAUGAAAGUUCAGAAAUUUCAUCAGUUGCUUUCAUUGAAACUAUUUUUUUGUUUUUGUUUUUCAUUUUAUUAGUUUUUGAAUAGUACAUUCUCAUGUGUAUAUAUAUUUUUACAAAGUACUUAAGCUCUUAUCCAAUAGGGAUAGGGCCCACAGUAAAUAUUCUACACAUAACCAUAUUAGCCAGUAUUUUAUUGUUGGGUCUUGUAAGUUCAGUCUAGUUCAGUCUUAAAUGGGGCCUUGAACAUUCCAUUUUUUGUUAAUGUUCUAGUUCAGAAUUUAUUACCAUUUUAUACUUUGUUUUUAUCAUUAUCUGUGUUCUAGGAAUAUCUGAUUUGGAUAUUUAGUCAUUUUGUAGCCAGGGACAAUUUAUAUUUUUAUUGUAGCUUUGUCUUCACAGGCACAAGAUAUGUAAUCUUCAAAAUCUCGUUAUAUUCCCGAUGAGGAUAUAAUAAUAAUAAUAAUAAUAAUAAUGAUAAACCAGUU